GGAACCGAAUAUUACACAAGUGUUUCCCGACGGAACUAGUACUCCGUAGCACCUCGUGCGGAAUUCAGAAAUCUUCAACAUGGCGGAGACCCACAGCUUACAGGACAUGAGGCAGCAGGCGGCUGUCGCAGCCAAAGUCUUCAUUCAGAGAGACUACUCCAACGGAACCAUGUGCCAGUUCCAGACCAAGUUUCCUUCAGAGCUGGAGACCAAGAUUGACAAGCAGCAGUUUGAGGAGACGAUACGGACGCUGAACAACCUCUACGCCGAGGCAGAGAAGCUGGGAAGUCAGUCGUUCAUCGAAGGCUGCCUGGCCUGCCUCACCGCUUACACCGUCUUUCUCUGUAUGGAGACUCACUACGAGAAGGUUUUAAAGAAGAUUGCCAAAUAUAUCCAGGAACAAAACGACAAGAUCUACGCGCCACGAGGCCUCCUGCUGACAGAUCCCAUCGAAAGAGGACUCCGAGUCAUCGAGAUCACCAUCUACGAAGACAGAAGCUUCAGCAGAUAAAAGCGAUCCCAUGCGGAGCAGCAGAACCAACCUCCCCGAAGACCUCCAUGACCUACGACCUUAACGCUGCGUCAUUACAAUCCAUCCCCUCCACCUGGUGUAAGAGCAUGUGUCUUUCAGAGAAUCCCUUUGAAGAAAUGUUGUAGCAACAUUUGCUUUUAAUGUGCCCUGUUUUGUAUUUUAGUGCAUUUAAUCCAACUACAAAUAUGAUGAAAUAAGAGUUGAACUCAGAAUUUAACCAGUGUUUUUAUGCUGGACUAAUGCAGCUGUUUGAACGUUGGUGUUUUUGGAGAAAUACCCUCAUUUUCUUUGUUUUUUUCCCCCUUUUGGAAUGGUACAGCCAUCAAACAGGGUCACAUAUUUUGUAAUGUUUUCCAGAGCUCACCUGUAAUGUUUGGGAUCAUUGGUUGUUGGGGGUUUUACCUCACAAUUUGUUUUCUAAAAGGUGUUUGCUAAUUUUGCACCUAUUUUUAUUUUUAUUUAAAAGUUUUUGCACCUUAUCUGCCUGUUUCAUAAACGUUAGUGUUUAUUUAAAGCUUAUUUGUCCAGCGGAAAAUUUUCAUCCCUGUAAAUAUUUGAUUUGUACGUAGUGAUUUAACAGUGUACCAUACUGUAGGUGCUGUGAGUGUGCGCUAUGCAUAAUAUUUGGCGGCUGUUCAUUUUUAUUAGUAAUAUGUACAUAUACUCCAAUAUUGCCUUCGACAGAAGUAUUGAAAGUGCUCUUGCUGGUGGACAGAGUCCAGAAUUAGAACAGUUUGCCGUUAACACAUGGUUGGGGUUAGCACAUGUUACAAAAGCACAAGCUUCACUGAACAAGGUUGAUGUUCUGGUUCUGCCAGGUCCAAAUUGAAAACAUGUACUGUUUUUAGAGAUGCACCAGUCAUGCUUUAAAUAACUUUAGAACUCAAACCAUCCAAUCAAUGAUUCAGAAAUCUAAUAAAGGUUAAAGACUGACGCUUCAGUUCACCAUCAGAGCCACUACCUCUACCAUGGAACCUGCAGCACAUUUUGUUUUUGAGUUCCAGAAAUCUGUUCGGACCAGAAAAUGCCCGAUCGGUGCAUCUCUACUAAAACCCAAAGUUCUGUCCCUUUCCUCUGAACCUGAAUUAGCAUUAAUGAAUCCUCCCGUCUCGCAGUGGGACCUGGGAGCUGCUGUUGUUGGGCUUCACUCGUCUUAAAGCCACUUCAUGUACAGGUAUCCAGAUUUGAUUGUGAGCCAGGUGGAAAGUCUUGAUGUCUUCUGUAAAUAAAAGUUUGAUCUGUUUUAAUUCUUUAGAUUAUGUUGAAGCUUUUUUUUUUUAUUUUGCCAAAUGAAAUUCAAGUGUAUUGAUAAUCUAUUCUAGAUGAUAUGCUAAUAAAUCUUGUUAAUAUGUGA